GACAUGCACCCCUCCUCCUGUGACACCUUUGUGGCUCUCCCUCCCUCCACUGAGGGACAACGCAUCAUCUUUGGGAAAAACUCGGACAGACCCUGUGAUGAAGUCCAAGAGGUUGUGUAUUUUCCUGCCAGGGACUAUGAUCCAGAUGAGAAGCUUGAGUGUACAUACAUAGAGAUUGAGCAGGUUGCCCACACUUAUGCGGUUGUGCUGAGCAGACCAGCAUGGUUGUGGGGGGCAGAGAUGGGUGCAAAUGAGCAUCAAGUGUGCAUUGGAAAUGAGGCAGUGUGGGGCAGAGAGAGCGCCGACGGGGAAGAGGCCCUGCUUGGCAUGGAUCUGGUCAGGCUUGGACUUGAGAGAGCAAACACAGCUGAGAAAGCUGUGGAUGUCAUCACCGAGCUGUUAGGGAGGUACGGUCAGGGAGGAUCAUGCAUGGAGGAUAAAUGUGACUUCACCUACCACAACAGCUUCCUUGUCUCAGACAGGAAGGAAGCCUGGGUGCUGGAAACGUCAGGGAAGUACUGGGCAGCAGAAAGAGUGGAAGGUGGAUAUCGCAACAUCUCAAACCAGUAUGGGAUAACAACCAAGAUAGACAAGGAGCAUCCAGAAAUGAGAGGAUAUGCACAAAGCAAGGGCUGGUGGGACGGAAACACAGAGUUCAACUUUGCUACGGUUUAUUCCUAUUUGACGACAGCCAGAAUAGAGUCUGCUGGGAGUCGAUACUGUGAGGGGAAGACGCUGCUAGAAAAGAGAAACGGUCACAUGACUGCAGAAGCAAUGAUGGAUAUCCUGCGGGAUAAAGACAGCGGCAUCAACAUGGAGGGGAUGUUUAUGACGACGGGAAGUAUGGUGUCUGUGAUCCCGACAGACCCUGCUCUGCCAGGAGUUCACUACUUUACAGCAACUCCAGACCCUGAGAGGUCAGUAUUCAAACCGUUCAUCUUUGUGAAAAACGCUCAUCCGCUGAAAGACACGACUUCCCCCAGCUUUGGCUCAGAUGAUCCAGUGAAGAAAAAACCUCGCUUUCAGAGCAAACCCGACCGCAAACAUCCGUUAUUUGUCAAACAUGAAAUUGUUGCAGCUAUAAUGGAAUCCUGCAAGGACAGAGGACAGAAGAUCACAGAAGGUAUGAGGCAGCUAGAGAAAGAGAUGAUGAAAGAGAUGGAGAAGAUUCUCCAACAAGGCAUCGAGGAGCCGGACCACUUGGUGAAGCUGUUUUCUAAUUCUGUGCAGAAAGAGAUGUCCGUUUACAGCAAAUCAUGAGAUGGCACAUCCAUUAACUCG